AUGGCUGUUUCGUUGUCAAGACGAAGUCGACCUCCCCUCCGACAAGUUGCCUUGGGAACAGUGGAGCAAGCCCAGGAAGCCCGGCUCCGCCCCCUGUGGUCCCCGGCAAACGGCAGGUGCCGAACAGCGGUGACAGGAAGCUGGGAGCCCCUGACGCUGAACGGUAAUGUGGGAACGGGGCGCUGCCGCCUGAUUGGGAUGCUUUGUAUCUGGAGAGGCGCUCCUGAUUGGCCUGAGGGGCCCCCCAGCUCCGGGGACUCAGUCUCCAUUCAGCCCACUCGAGGGCUGCACCACCGCUUCCAGCCGGACGCACGGAGCUCGCCGGCCGCGCCGGGCCUGGCCCAGGUCCGCUCUGUGUCCUUCUCUGGAGCAGAGACCCCGCAGAACCCACCCUCUUCAUGGAAAGCCCCGUGCAGUGGUCCCCUUGCGAUGGCGUCCGACAGUGACGUGAAGAUGCUGCUGAACUUUGUGAACCUGGCGUCCAGUGACAUCAAGGCGGCCCUGGACAAGUCCGCGCCCUGCCGCCGCUCCGUGGACCACCGCAAGUACCUGCAGAAGCAGCUCAAACGCUUCUCCCAGAAGUACUCCCGGCUCCCGCGGGGCCUCCCCGGCAGAGGGGCCGAGCCUCACCUGAGAAGGGGGCCCGAGGACCGGCCCGGGAGGCUGCCCCUUGAUUCUGGCCAGGAUUCCAGCCCCAGCGGGGGUGGGGGCUGCAAGGAGAAGGCUCUGGGGAACCCCUACAGGGAAGAAUGUCUCUCUAAGGAGCAGAGCCUCCAGGGGCAGAAUCCAGAAGCUGCCAGGCCUGGCCAGGUGCCCAUGAGGAAAAGACAGCUGCCCGCUUCCUUCUGGGAAGAGCCACGGCCCACCCACAGCUACCCCCUGGGGCUGGAGGGGGGACUGGGCCCCAGGGAGGGAGCUCCCUAUGAGGGUAAGAAACCCUGCAAGGGUUUGGAGCCUGUGGGGCCCGAGUUGGCCCCAGUGCCCACGUCCCCAAGGGCACCCGCUGAAAAGGAGCCACUCAAGAUGCCUGGGGUCACCCUGGUGGGCCGUGUCAAUGCCUGGAACUACUGCCCCCUCCAGUACCACGGACAGCCCAUCUACCCGGGCCCUCCAGCCGCCUUGCCUCAGAGCUCGGUCCCCAGCCUGGGCCUGUGGAGGAAAAGCCCGGCUUCCCCGGGGGAGCUGGCCCACUUCUGCAAGGAUGUGGACAGCCCAGGGCAGAAGGUGUACAGACCCGUGGUUCUGAAGCCUAUCCCCACCAAGCCAGCCAUGCCCCCACCCAUCUUUAACGUCUUUGGCUACCUCUAGCCGGGCUAGGAGGGCCUUGGCUCCCACCUCCGGCCUGCAGGCGUGUUGGGGGCCC